GAAAAGAAGAUGGAGGAGCUAGAUCAAAAAAAAUUGGAAAUAGAAGAACCACAGCUACUUCCUGAAAUAACAAUCGAACUAUUACUUUUAUCAACGAAGAAGAACAUACUGGACAUAGUGUGCAGAGAUUUUUAUGCCUAUGCUCUUCAGCAUCAGGAAAGUAUCCCUCCUGCAAAACACUUGAAAACAAUAAAAGGGCAGAUCACCACGCGCAAGUCACCUUGCGGUCAGGGAACUGCAACAUGGAGCAGGUACAAGUUGUUUGUCUACGGUAGGAAAUUUGAGUUCAGGACGACACAUGAUUUCUUGGAGAAGGUUGCAACUUUUUUGCAAAAUAAUGAUGUUGAGAUUACUUUGAAAGUAAAGAGCUGAUUUAUUAAC